AUGACAUUUGCAUCUGCAACCCCAGGCCUUACUGGCAAAGAAUCCAGCAUUGUAUUUACAAUUAUUGACAUUGACUUCAAUCAGAUAAUAGUCUAUGCCCUCAUGCAUGUAUGCUUCCACUAUGCCUGGAAUGGCUAUAUGAAUCUCUACAGUUUCAAGCAAAACUCAAAACGGCACAUAUUCAUCGAUAACGGUCAAAGUUACCUGGCUGAGUAUCGGGGACUUUCAGACCUCAAUAGCCAGCGGAAUGUCGACCAGAUAAUUGGGGGAGUUACGGGUAUCAUCUGUACUGUUAUUGCUGAUGGUGCUAUGGUACAAAUCAUAUCAUCUGAGAAAAUCAACUCAAGAUCGUCACUCGCACUUCGGUGA